AUUGUCACAGUUAUCCAAGAUGGGUAAAGCUUCGAUCCUAUUAUUGGCUCUGGCCACCUUAUUGUUGAAAACUGACUCAGCAACAUUACCUGCGGAUGAUUUACCCACCAAUUACGAAUAUUACGCUGGCGACGGAGUAUCCAGUGGUCUAAAUGCGGAUCAGAAAUAUUUUCUACUUAAUGGCAAGAACAUCACGAUCUUCAGUGGGGCUUUCCAUUACUUCAGAGUGCACCCGUCCCAAUGGAGAGAUAGGCUGAGGAAAAUGAGAGCAGCCGGACUGAACACCGUUGAAACAUACGUGUCUUGGAACCUCCAUGAGUAUCAGUCAGGGCAGUUUGAUUUCGGUCAUGGAGGUUCAGACUUUGAAGAAUUCCUGGAUAUCGUCCAGUUUAUUCAGAUCGCUUAUGAGGAGGAUCUUUUCGUGUUGGUCAGGUCUGGACCGUAUAUUUGUUCAGAGUUCGAGUUUGGAGGUCUUCCAAGUUGGCUGCUACGCAGUGAGGGCAUCAAAAUCCGCACCAACGAUGAAGUGUUCGUCAAUUUCGUUGCCAGGUUUUGGAAAGAGCUGUUUGGUUUAUUAAGUCCUUUGCAGUUUACGAAAGGGGGUCCGAUAAUUGGUUUCCAAGUGGAAAACGAGUAUGGAAAUACUGGAAAUUCUGAUCCUGAUUAUUUAAGGGCACUUGUUAAGAUCUACCGGGAUAAUGGCAUCACUGAACUUUUAUAUACCUCAGAUCCUCCAAGUGUGGGUACUAGAGGAGCCCUCCCGAAUGAGCUGUUAAUGACUGCCAACUUCAACAAAAAUCCUUCAGGAAACCUCAAUGCCCUUGACAAAUUACAGGAUAACAAACCUACUAUGACUAUGGAGUAUUGGUCCGGUUGGUUCGAUCAUGUUACGGAAGAUCACCAUACAGUUUCCACGGAAACUUACAGUAAAAUUUAUGAACAAAUCAUCACUCAUCCGGCUUCGGUUAACAUUUACAUGUUUGUCGGUAGUACCAAUUUUGGGUUUACUAAUGGGGCUAGUUCGUUACAUGCCGGUUUGGAUAACUCUGGAUUGCAGCCAGAUACUACCAGUUAUGACUACGAUGCUCCGAUUUCUGAAGCUGGUGAAAUAACUGAGAAAUUUACUGCUACAGCUAAGUUGGUGGCCCAGUACAAUCCUGUUAAGACCAAAUUGCCCGAUGUACCGUCAACGCCUGCAAGGGUGGUUUUUGAUGAUAUCAAGAUCAAUGAGCAAAUUUUGUUGAGUGAAAUCAUUGACUCAUUUCCUGAUAAAAUUGCCAGUGAGAAUGUUGUCUCUAUGGAGCAGCUGCCUAUUAAUAAUAAUUCUGGGCAAAGCUUUGGGUAUGUCGUAUACAGGAAAACCAACCUGAACCUAAACGCUAACGACGUCUUAAAAAUCACCGGAUACGUAAGGGAUCACGUUUUAGUACUUUUAAAUGGCAAACUGCUGACUCCAGUGCUUUCCAGUAAAAGUGAUUUAGACAAAUUUGGUUACUGGAGAGUAAAAGACUCCACAAUCACUUUGACCAGUGAGGCACUAACAGACGCCACUUUGGACUUAGUGGUCGAAAACAAUGCCAGAAAUAACUAUGGAAGCCUGAAUCAGUUUCAGCAGUUCAAAGGUUUAAUCGAUGACGUCCUAAUUAACGAUGAAGUUAUCAACAAUUGGCAAAUUAUACCUUUGGAGUUCAAGAGAUCUUGGAAUAAGCAACUUACUGGUUGGCAUAGUAUAGAGACCAGUGAGGGCACGCCCGCUCUGUAUAGGGUGACUUUUAAUGCCACAUCACCCUUAAGUGACACUUAUGUUAAUGUGCAAGAAUGGAGGAAAGGAAUUGUGAUAAUAAACGGAUUUGUUUUGGGGAGAAUUUUCGCAGUGGGGCCUCAGCAAGCGCUUUAUUUGCCUGCCGGACUGUUACAGGAAGGGGAGAACGAGAUUAUUGUUUUUGAGCAUUUUAGUGCUCCUGAGUACGUAAAGUUUUCUGCUGACCCUAUUUGGGGUGUAGGUACUCACAUAAAUUGAUUUAAUAAUGCUUUUAUAAUAAAUACGAUAAACGUUUA